CCCCGAGACCCUUUGUUCUCCAUCAUGGCCACCAACCAUCCUGAAGACAACGACGCCUGGAGCAACGCCGACAGCGAUGACGAUGGGUCGCGCAAGCGAAAGCGGCCCAUGUCCGUGUCGUGCGAGCUGUGCAAGCAGCGCAAAGUCAAAUGCGACCGCGGACAGCCCAGCUGCGGGUGGUGUCUGCGCAACAGCCAGCCGUGCGAGUACAAGGAACGCAAGAAGCCCGGCCUGCGCGCCGGCUACGGCCGCGAGCUUGAGGCACGACUGGAUCGGCUCGAGGACAUGAUACAGCGCCAACAAACGACCAUCUCGCACCUUCAAAUCCAACAGUCGACCAGUCCCGUCGUACGACCAUCCCCGCCUCUCGUGCACACCCCCCACGUCCCCAAGCCCGAAGCCGCCCUCUUCCUGCAGAAGCCCUCGUCUGCCCUCAACUUCUCCGGCUAUCGUAGCCAGUCCAUCUCCUCGCCUCUGUCCUACUCGCCCGGCCUCAGCCUGCCCGUGUCGCAACCACAGCAGGAGCUCGAUUUUCCCCCGUACGACCUGCUCUACGCACUCGCCGACCUCUUCUUCAAGCACAUCAACACGUGGUGUCCCAUUCUGCAUCGUCGUUCCACCCUCGACUCUCUCUUCGGUCCAUCCACUCUUGAUGAAGCCGACCGCAUCUUACUGCAUUCCAUUGUCGCAACGACGCUGCGUUUCUCCACUGAUCCUCGUCUGACCAAAGAAAGCCGAGAGCGCUACCACUCCACGUCCAAGCAAAAAGUGUUGCUGUACGGACUUGAAAACAGCUCCGUCAAAGCUCUCCAAGCCCUCGUCAUCCUAGCAUUGGACCUCGUUGGCUUUUCCAAUGGCCCGCCAGGAUGGAACCUCCUCGCACUCAUCACCCGUUCGGUCGUGCAGCUCGGCCUGUCGGUUGAGGCGACGUCCAGCCUAGUCUCUCCCAAUGUCCCUUCAAUAUACACCCUUCGCGCCAUGGUCCUGCCCGACCCGAAAGACUUUAUCGAUGACGAGAGCCGACGUCGUCUGUUCUGGGUCGUCUAUCUGCUGGACCGCUACGCCACCAUUGCCACGGCUUUCGAGUUUGCGCUCGACGAAAAAGAAAUUGAUCGCAAGCUUCCCUGCCGCGAAGAAUUGUUCGCGCGCAACCAACCGGUAGAGACGCGAUGGUUCCGCACCUCGAAGCGUACAGACUAUACGUUGAACAAACCCGAGAACAUGGGCUCCUUCAGCUACUACAUUGAGCUGAUUGGCAUCCUCUCCCAAAUCCACCAAUUCCUCAAGAAACCCGUCGACAUUGGCUCACUGACGGACGUCGAGCAAUGGCAACGCGAGUUUAGGGAGCUGGACAAUGCCAUGGCCAGCUGGAAAUUUAGCUUGCCCAACGAUAUUGGCAACAUGGCAAGAAUCUAUGGUGCCAGCAAGGGGGAUUCGGCCGUGGAUUGCGGGUGGAUCACGCUACACGCCGCGUUCCACACAACCGUCAUUCGCCUCCAUUCCUCAGCCGCAUACCCAACCACUCGCUCUCCCAUCUUCACGCCGUCGUACACGGCGAUCCAGCGCUGCCUAACGGCGGUCGAGGCCAUUUCCGCGUUGUGCGACUACGUCAAGGCGCACGGCAUGCUAGCGCAGCUGGGUACGCCAUUUGCCUUUAGCCUGUGGGUGGCGGCGCGCGUGUUGCUGGUGCACGGCAGCACGAUUGAGCACCACGUCGACCCGGGCAUUGCGCCGUUGGUUGAGACGCUGCGCGAGCUGGGCCUGCACUGGCGGGUCGCGGAGCGGUAUGCCACGCUGCUGCAACGCGUGCUGGACGAAUACCAUGCGUCGCAGCAGUUUGGGGCGGCGGAUGCUGGGGGUGGGGGAGGUGGUGCUGGCGAGCGUACGACGCCCUCGUCGGUGCGCAUACUGGCGGAUAUGCGACGGUGCGCUUUCGAUCUUGAUUUCCUAAUCAGUCGGCAGCCGAAGCUGCUGCAUAAUAACCAGCAUAAUCAUAACCUGAACCUCGGUCACCUUAACCAUUUCAGCAGCGCACAACCACCGCAGCAGCAAUAUCAGCCGCAGAAUCAGCCCCAGCAGCAGCAACCGCGUCUCGGUGUCUCGACUGGUGCUCUCCCUGCGGCGACGCCGGCGCCGGCACGCACGCCCGGCCCGCAUGAACUGGAGUACCUGGAUGUGUUUGACUUUUUCAACAUGCCGCGGCUGCCGGUGGCGAAUGGUGGCGGUGGCGGUGGUAAUGGCACGAACAACGGCAAUGGAGGUAUGGUGGGGGAGUUGGGUGGUGUGCAGCAGAGUCAGGGGCAAGAUGCCGAGGGGGGCGUUGGGCUGGAUGGGUUUAAUAUCACGAAUUUCAUGGUGGAUGCUAGUGCGGAUUGGUUUAUGAAGGGAGCGGCGGGUGGAGGGGGAGGGGUAGGUUCAUAG